UUGAGGCGCACCGGGGGUCGGGGCGAUGGGACACACCCAAACACACGCACAUCCACACAUCCACCCACACAGACGUUGGUAUCAAUCACGUGAUAUCGAUGGACUGGACGGAUGCUCAUAGACAUCAUUCACCAUUCAUUCAACGAAUCUGACCACCAUCCAUGGCAUGGACAGCAAGCAGUGCAGUCUGCACACACAAUUCUCUCUUGCCAGCAAUGCAUUGACUGAUCCAUCCAUCCCCACAGGCAGGCAUAAGACAACACACGAGCCAGCCAAGUGCCCGCCCUCCACCCACCACCCCGCCACACCACACCACACCCCGGCCAGCCACCCAGGUUGGUUGGUGAGUGAGCGGCUGAGUCCGUGUGUGUCACUUUUUCUUCUUUUUCUUUUCGGCCUUGAGUCGUGUCUCUUCCUCCAGCUGCUUCUUCUCAACCAACUGGGUUUCAAGAAUGCCCAACUGGGACCUGCACUAGAACACAAAGAAAGAGAGAGGGAGGUCAGCCAUUAUAUUCACACAGCGAAUCAAUCAGCGGUUUCUCUGUCUGUCCACAAUGAAUGCAAUGCGAUGCGUCCGCUCACUGACUUUGCCUGCUCCAGCAGCUGAGGCGGGACGUCAUAGUGCUCCGCCUCGGACACAUUCUUCUGCACACACACACACGCACACACACACACCCCAGACAAGCAAACACCCAUUCAUGCGGGUCUUGAUUCGUGUCUCGCUUCGUGUGGUCUGAGUCAGGUGACUGACUCACCCUGUAUUCCUCGAGGUAUGCCUCAAAGGCCUCCGAGUUGGCGUGCCAUGACGGCAGGGUCGCGGCCACAUAGUCAGGGAUGCCCUCCUCGCCCAGCAGCGACUUCAACGCACACGCAGGGGCCACCUCGACCACACGACCAUGCAGUGACCUAAGGACACAGACAGACACACAAAUGUACAGAGCAAACCCUCAGGGAGGAAUGAGACAUGAGCCAUUGGCAUGGGAGGAGAGUGAAUGCUCACUUCUGGGAUCUUAGAGUGCCGAGAAGUCGGUCUGCGCGUUGCAGCAGUGCGUCUGUGGCCUGCUCUUCCUUGGCCACUUUGAGCUGCUCCUCAAGCACCCUGCGGGAACACCAAGACGGUAGGUACAUGACACGCAGGCAGACAGGCAGACACUCACUCAGCUUUUUGGCCUACCGCAUGAAUGAAUCGGACGGCCUGAAUGCUGCCGUGGAUGCCGCAGCUGGGAGGGAGGUCUUCUUGCCAAGGGUCCUUGUGAGGUCGCACUCCGCCUUGAGACGCCGCACGAGAGCCGUCGCACGACUCAGCAAGUGGGAGUCGGCCUCCUGUGUGUGGCCAGCCACGAGCAGGAAGGGAGUCAUAUAAGAGCUUCAUUGGCAUAUGGAUGCCUACAUGUUUGAGGGCUUCUGUUUGUGCCUCCUUGAGCGUCGCCAUGGCGCCGAAGAAUGUCUCCACAUCCUCGAUGGCCUGCAGACGGCAGCAUACACACGCAUAUCGCACGAGAUGCAGACAUACACCUCACUGCCACCCUUACAGGGAGGUCCAUGGCCUUGCUGAGGGCGAUUUCGCUCUCCAGUUUGGCCUUCAUCCUGAUGCACUGGUCGUAGAGCUUGACGUCCACAGGUUUGUCCUUGGCGCCCUCGAGAGCCUGCUUGAUGGACGACAGCUGGUGCGGCGCCUCCACGUUGAGCUGGUAGGCGUUGGACAGCUGGUGCUCGGCCUCCUGGAUGGUGCUCUUGACAGGCUGAGACCUUGGCUCGCGAAAGGAGGAAAGACGAUGUCAAGAAGGAGAGGUUGGUCAGAGGCCAUUUGUGUAUCCUACCAGGUGACGGGUUUCUCCUUGUCCUGCGAGUCGACCUCUGCAUGUGCGUAUGUCUUGAUGACGGCCUCCUCGCUGAAGAAUUCCUCCGUCCAGCUGCACAUGAAGCGAAGCACCUGGAUGGGCAAGCAGACAGACAGACAGACAGAGACAGAGAGCAAAGGAAACACAUGAAAGAGAGAGAACCGUGCCCUGGAUUCAGCCACCUUGUAUGAGAACUGCUUGUGAGUGAUUUUGCACGACAAUGUGGCCAUGGCCCGCUCCAGCAAGGACUUGACUGCCGGCGCCUGCAGCCGGCAGUGAGGGAGACAGACAUGUCAACAGCCGGCCACGCAAUCAGUCAUUUGUGUGCACCCACCUACCGUGGCCAGUUCGAGGGCCUUGUGUCCUCUGUCGUUCUUGCAGGAUAUGUCGAUCCCCUGCGAGAGGACACACUUGACCGUCGUCAAAUCUCCGCCCGCCGCAGCUGCAUGUGCAGGAGGAUGGAGAGAUAAUGUCAUGUCAAAGCAGUGAGCGAGUCUCUCCUCGCUCACCUGAGUGAAGGACGGUGUUGCCAAGAGCGUCUCGUGUCGAGACGUCAAGAUUGGCUCGCAGCAGCAGCCACAGGACGCGCAAAUGACCCUUGAAUGCAGCCCAAUGCCUGCCGCAGCAGCAGCAGGCAGCAUCACAAAAGCGCCCAUAUCCUCCCAAUAUUCCAGACUGCGCCUCACGCACUUACAGCGGCGUAUGUUUCCUUCUGGGUCUCUUGUGGUGUGUCCUGUCAUCGCCUCCUUCAGCGACCCUGGUGGCCGACCUGCCUGCAGCCCCCAUCUUGGUGUCUGAUGCCCGUGCGCCCCCUGCGUGGCCCUCUCUGGGCCCUUGGGACGCUGCAAUGCCCGGCGUGGUUGGCAGGGUGGCUUGAGCGAUCAGGUCGUCUCUGUCUCCUCUCGAUUUGUCGCGGUAGAUGUCCGCCGCCCCACAAGAGAGGAGGUGACGGGUGAGAGAGACAUUGCCGUUGCAGGCCGCCCAUGUCAACGCGGACCACUGCUUUGAGUCCUGCACACCCAUGCACACAUAAAGACAGACGGCAGACAAAGUAGGCAUCCGUGUUUCUAUGUAUCCAUCUCCCUCUCGCUCACCUCGUAGUCCACAUGUGCGCCCUUCUCUAUGAGCUGGAUGGCCUCUUCCGUGUCGUUGCGGCGACACGCCUCUAACAGCAGGGGAUUCAGCUCAUCAGCUGGAAAACAGCAAAACACAUUGCUGUGGUGGAAUGGCGUCAGUUAGGAGCCCACUUACCAACGCCUUUCUGUUCUGCCGCCUGCAAAAGCAGCCAGUGACACACGAUGAUAUUCGUCGUCGAAGAUAUGAUCAGCGUGCAUACCUCUUCGUCGUCAUCGAAAUCUGCCGCAUUGGCACCGCCCAAGUCGCCCAGCCUGUAGCCAUGCAAAGCACAUGAGCCUCCAUUCGUAGAGAGGAAGCUUCUUCUCACCUCAUUUUCCC